AGAUAAGCCAAUGACAUUCAAAACAUCUUUCAGUAGCAGCUCAUCUUUUCAAUCACUGCUUCAGAAGCUCUCCUUCUCAGAAUCAAAGUACUAAUGGCAGAUGAACCAGUCAAUGUGAAUGAGUUCCAAGAACUGGCUAGACAAGCACUUCCAAAAAUGUACUAUGAUUUCUUCGCAGGGGGUGCUGAGGACCAGCACACGCUAAGGGAGAAUGUAGAAGCAUUUAGUAGAAUCACGUUUCAGCCAAGAAUUCUUGUGGAUGUGAGCAAAAUAGAUAUGUCAACUACUAUAUUGGGUUAUAAAAUCUCAUCACCCAUUAUGAUUGCUCCAACCUCUUUGCAAAAGCUGGCACACCCUGAAGGAGAGAUUGCAACAGCCAGAGCAGCAGCUGCAUCUAACACCAUAAUGGUGGUAUCCUUUAUGGCUACCUGCACUGUGGAAGAGGUUGCUUCCAGCUGCAACGCUAUCCGAUUCUUGCAAUUAUAUGUAUUUAAGAGAAGGGAUAUAUCAGCUCAAGUAGUGCAAAAAGCUGAAAGAUACGGAUUUAAGGCUAUUGUUCUGACUGUUGACACUCCAAGGCUUGGUCGACGGGAGGCAGACAUAAAGAACAGAAUGGUUUCACCUCAGCUGAAGAAUUUCGAAGGUCUCCUAACAACUGACGUUUCCAAUGACAAGGGUUCAAGUCUUGAAGCUUUAGCAUCGGAGAUAUAUGAUGCUUCUUUGUCUUGGAAGGAUAUAGAAUGGUUAAGAUCUAUCACAAACUUGCCGAUUCUGAUCAAGGGGGUACUCACUUGUGAAGAUGCAAUUAAGGCUGUGGAAGUAGGAGUUUCUGGGAUUAUCGUCUCCAAUCAUGGAGCUCGCCAGCUAGAUUACGUUCCAGCCACUAUUUCGGCCCUGGAAGAGGUGGUUCGAGCUGUUGGAGGGAGGGUUCCUGUUCUCUUAGAUGGAGGAAUACGGCGUGGAACAGAUGUCUUCAAGGCACUAGCCCUUGGUGCUCAGGCUGUUUUGGUUGGAAGGCCAGUAAUCUAUGGGCUGGCUGCAAAGGGAGAACUUGGGGUGAGACGGGUCCUUGAAAUGCUGAAGGAUGAGCUCGAGAUCACCAUGGCCCUCUCAGGCUGUUCCAGUGUGAAGGAUAUCAGCAGGAGGCAUGUGAGGACGGAGCGAGACAGACUCCAGUCCAUGCUGUAACUCGAUGUUGUAAGUUAAAAUUAUAUCCUGCAGAAGGAUGGUUGAAUAAUCUGUACCACAUCUAAUAAUGUGAUGGAGUUUAUGCAUUCUACUCUUACUCAAUAAAGGAAAUUGGUUCCUUGAUGCUCUA